AUGUAUGUAUCAACGCUGGCGACGCGGCAAGGCCUUUUAGCGCGCUCAGGAAACCGUCUGUCAGCAGUCAUACAGGAAGAGUCCGAAACCAUCAAUGCGUACGUCCAUUCUUCAAUGGAGGCAGCUGAAAUUUCGGUUUCAAUUUCACUUCGGAAACAGAUACGCACAGCCAAAACGGCAACUGGCACCGAAGCAAACAAGCUAGAGGCUGCAGUGGAGAAGUUCAGCGAAGCAGUGGACAGGUUGGACGACAAGACGCAGUCACUCCCAGAGAUUAUUGAAAGGAUUAAAACAAAUACUACAGCAGCACAAACUCUUCUGGACAACGCGAACAAAGCGCUGGCAAGGCUAAUCCGACUUCAAGAGGAGCUUGAAUUCGACCAAGAACAAAGCUCGCUUAAGAGGUGUGAUGUUCCGGAAAUGAAACUCGCACCAAUCCCAAUUCCAAAACUCAGCGGAAAACUCUGGGAAUGGGAGACCUUCUGGAAAUCUUUCGAUCACACCGUGAAUUCCAGAAAAACUGACAACCUCUUCAAGUUCAAUUACCCCCUUGACGCCCUCGAAGGUGAUGCAGAAGAAUCUGUGAAGCAUUUCGAGGUCUCGGGAAGCACCUACCAAUUGGUGAUUGAGCAUCUGAAAGAGAAAUAUGGCGACAAACAGGCUUUGACUGAUCAACAUUUGAAGAAUCUCCACGGAGCACGCGCCCGAACCGACAGUCUAGAAGACUAG